AUGUGUCUUGUGAUUUAAGACUCAAUAAACGCAGACCUGCUUGCUCAUAUGAUGUUAUCUCGGAGAGAAGGUGGUUUGAAAGAUGUAGUUUCGCUUGUCAUCACGGGAUAUCGUCACUUUUCGAGAACGCUUUUUCAAAUAAACUGCAAAACUGCUGCCCGAUGAUGGACUUCCUGGACAAAGAAUAGUGAAGAUGUUUUUUAAAAGUUUACAUAGAAAUAGGGAUAUUAUUAUUUACUCGAAUAUUCUUUCAAAUAACAUUUAAUUCUCUUCUUGCGAUGAGUGACACAUUUUAAAGAAAAAGUUCAAACUGAAACAACAAAUAAACAUAUUUCGUAUUUUCUUUUUAAUUGCAAUUCGGGUAAAGUAUUUUUCUAAGACACGGCAUAACAAUAAUUGUUAACUUUUUGUCUUGCGAGAUAUCAAGAAUCUCAUAUUGCAGAGGCUCUUAACAUACUGUACGGUAAUGUCUCUCGAGGAAGUCUCAGUGUUUAGUCCAGAAGCUACAAAUGUAUUUUUUUCAAACGCGUCCGAGACAGACUACAGAAACUACACUGCUCUUUUUGAGGAUUUUCCCUGGUAUCCGGGGAUUGCUAUCACCGCAGUCUACGGACUCAUCAUUCUUGUGGGACUUGUCGGGAACAUUACUCUGAUCAAAAUCUUUUGCACUGUUAAAUCUAUGAGGAGUGUUCCCAACCUGUUCAUCUCUAGCCUGGCUCUGGGAGAUCUGCUAUUGCUGGUGACCUGUGCGCCCGUAGAUGCCAGCAGAUACCUGGCGGACAAAUGGCUCUUUGGCAGAGUGGGCUGUAAACUCAUCCCUUUCAUCCAGCUGACCUCGGUUGGGGUGUCUGUUUUUACACUGACUGCACUAUCCGCGGACAGGUACAAAGCUAUUGUCAGACCGAUGGAUAUUCAGACCUCCCAUGCAACAGCAAAAAUUUGUAUCAGAGCUGCAUUGAUAUGGAUGUUCUCCAUGGUUUUGGCAAUUCCGGAAGCCAUCUUCUCAGACCUUCACGCUUUCUACAUUGCAGAGACCAAUGAAACAUUUGUGACAUGUGCCCCCUAUCCCCAUUCAGGAGACCUGCAUCCAAAGAUCCAUUCUAUGGUCUCUUUCCUUAUAUUCUACAUCAUUCCACUUUUCAUCAUUUCUGUCUAUUACUAUUUCAUUGCCAAGAACCUGAUCAGGAGUGCCUCUAAUAUGCCUGUGGAAGGCAAUGUUCAUGUUCGAAGACAGAUCGAGUCAAGGAAGAGGCUAGCAAAGACAGUGCUGGUGUUUGUGGGGCUCUUUGCUAUCUGCUGGCUCCCGAAUCAUGUCAUCUACUUGUACCGUUCUUACCACUACUCAGAGGUGGACACUUCAUUACUGCACUACGUAACUAGCAUUUGUGCCCGGCUCCUGGCUUUCUCCAAUUCGUGCGUGAACCCUUUUGCUCUAUACCUGCUGAGCAAAAGUUUUCAAAAGCAAUUCAAUAACCAGCUGUGUUGCUGCCGGGCUACACUUCUCAUAAGAUCUCAAAGCAUGGGCAGGAGUACUACCAGAAUGACGUCCCUGAAAAGCACCAAUCACUCCGUGGCCAGCUUCAGUCUUAUCAAUGGGAAUCACAUAUGUCACGAAGGCUGUGUGUAGGAUCGGCGACAAGGUCAAAAAGGCACACAGAAGCACUGGCUGUCUAUAGGACAUUGGAAAUCAGCUGCAGUUCAUGUUGGAGCCUACUUUUCGCGUUUGGAUUAUGACUUGAUUAUAUAGUUAGAGUGUUUUAAUCUGUGAUAAAAAAGAGUUAGACAUUUUAGGGUAAUUUAAUAACUGGGACUAUGGUGAAUAUAGUUGUUAUAUUGCAAAAUACAUGUUUUAACUCGAAAGAUUAAAGACACACUAGAAAGUACCCAAUAUAACAGUGUCUUAUUAAAUUACAUUCUUAAUUCUCCCAAUAGUAGAAUACAGUGUGGUGGAUCUGUUUUGAUGAUGGAUACUAUUGUACCAUACCAUUCUUGAUGCUACCUUAUAAACUCAUAUGUUUUUCCUAAUGUUUGUAUAGCCUUUGAACUGUUGGUCUAAUUGAAAAAUACUGGUUGGCAGUAUUCGACAACAUUUGUCAACAGGUAUUAACAUAACCUAUGAAGAAAUGAAUAGAUAACUAUUUUGCAAAUAAACAUUCUGAUCUGUAUAAAACACAUAUAAGUAUUCCCCACUUCAGAUGUGUGCACAGGUUUUGCUGUACCAAUUCCUGUUACUCUACUAUGUUUAAAUUGUUAAGCAGCAGUGAUAUCGGGCUUUGAAGAAGCUGAAACAAGCUGCUGGAAAUGCAUUUUGCUGUAGUCAGUUAGCUAAUUGUAAAAAAGAUGUCUCAAGAUGGUGGAUCAUUUUGAGGCCUGAAAAUCACGCAGAAUCUCUGGAUGUCUGAAUAGUUUUCAUCGUUAUUUGGGGAAAAAAGCUGAUUAUAAUCUUAGUUGAUGGUCAUUGGACUGUAGGGAAAAGAACACAAGGAACUAUGGAGAUCCUGCAUCCAUCACAGCAUCCAUUUUGCAACAUUAUUAUGAUCUCUUUUCUGAAAGGUAAUUUACCAUUGACAUUACAGUACUUCCUAAAUCAUUUGAUGGAUUUUAUUAUUACAGCUGCUGAUUCUGCAGUGAAUGAUAAAGUAAUAUUUUUUCUUUAGGGAAUCUUUCAAAAUCUAUUACUCCAAUAAUACUGUUUUAGA